GCCGGACUCUGAUGCGCUCUGAGCGGCAGACCGAAAGAACGCGCGCCGAAUUCGACACUCGGAGCUCCAGAAGCAGCGUCUCUAAGCUUCAUUUAACCACUAUAUCAGUACCAGAAGAAGAAAAAAAAGAGAAUUUAAAAAGCAGGAAAGAUUCGCCACAAAGAGCAGGUCGAUUAUUUGGAAGAAAUCAGCGCUCCUAACUUUGGAGGACCGCAGUGAGCGCACAUCAUCGCCUCAGUAAAGCAUCACAUUUACUGAAGAGAUCCAAACAAGGACUCCAGUGAUGUGCUCCGGGAUGCUGCUGCUGUUGCUGAUCUCCGGGCUGCUUGGGUUCGGAGGCUGUGUUAUGUUUAUCCAGCAGCCCCAUGAUCUGGUGAUCGUCGCCGGGCAGCCGGUGACUCUGCCGUGCACCAUCACCGGGUAUCAUGGCAUGGUGCUGUGGGUCAAAGAUGGACUCGCUCUGGGUGUCAAUCGAGAUCUGUCUGGCUAUCCACGCUAUGAUGUGAUCGGGGACCACAGUAAAGGAGAGUAUCAUCUGCUCAUCGAGAGGACUGAACUGGUGGAUGAUGGAAGCUUUGAGUGUCAAGCCAUCCAGGUUGCUAGCAGAUCUCGACCCGCUCAACUCACUGUCCUAGUUCCUCCUGACGACCCUGUGAUAAUCGGAGCGCCUGUGGUGAGUUUGAGGGCUGGAGACUCGCUAAACCUCACGUGCCACGCCAACAAUGCCAAACCAGCCGCCUCCAUCAUCUGGAUCCGCAAUGGAGAGGUGAUUAACGGUGCGGCGUACACCAAGACUCUGUUGCGAGAUGGUAAAAGAGAAAGCACAGUGAGCACGCUCCACAUCUCAGCCUCGAACAUCGAAAGCGGUCAGCAGAUCACCUGCCGGGCCUCCAACAAAGCAGCGCCCAACGGCAAAGAGGCCACGGUCACCAUCGACAUCCAGCAUUUCCCACUGGUGAAUCUCUCUGUGGAGCCGCAGCCUGUUCUGGAAGGCAAUCUGGUCAAGUUUCACUGUGCCGCUAAAGCCAAUCCCCCUGUCACUCAUUACAGAUGGGCGAAGGGGGGAAGCAUGAUCACAGACGCAACGGGAGACACUUAUGAGGUGCUGGUUGAUCAUUCCUUCUUCACCGAGCCAGUGUCCUGCGAGGUCACCAAUGCCUUGGGCAGCACCAACAUCAGCAGAAACGUGGAUGUGUACUUCGGCCCGCGUCUGGCUGCUGAGCCCCAGAGUCUGCAGGUGGACCGUGGAUCUGAUGCUGUGUUCAGCUGCGCUUGGAUUGGAAAUCCUUCACUCACCAUCGUCUGGAUGAAGAGGGGCCAUGGAGUCGUGCUAAGCAAUGAGAACACCUUGACACUGAAGGCGGUGAGACAGGAGGAUGCUGGGAAAUACGUCUGUCGGGCUGUGGUGCCACGGGUGGGAGUCGGAGAGAAGGAGGUCAUGCUUACUGUCAACGGUCCUCCCAGCAUCUCCAGCACACAGACACAGCAGGCUCUGUACGGAGAGAAAGGCCAGAUCAAGUGCUUCAUCCGCAGCACUCCUCCUCCUGACCGUAUCGCAUGGUCAUGGAAGGAAACAGUGCUGGAAUCAGGAACAUCAGGCCGUUAUACAGUAGAAACCGUGAGCACUGAGGAAGGGGUCAUUUCCACCCUCACCAUGAGGAACAUCGUCCCUACAGACUUCCAGACCAUCUACAACUGCACCGCAUGGAACAGCUUCGGCUCCGACACCGAGAUCAUUCGCCUCAAAGAGCAAGGGUCUCUGCGAUUGGCCGUCAUCAUCGGGGUUGCAGUGGGAGCUUUCCUGGCUCUGAUCGUCCUCAUCGGGACCCUGGGGGCUUUCUGCUGCGCUCGUCUGCAGAGGAAGGACAUGCACCUGGUGAUGUCAUCACUCCCAGUGUCCCUCUCUUCUAGACAGAGAGAGAUUUCCGGCACAGUAAAAAGCGAAAAUCUCAAAGGAGUCGUGUCCGCUAAAAAUGACAUCCGAGUGGAGAUUGUACAUAAGGAUCAUAACGCAGCCAGAGAGCCGGAAGAGCACAGCAACAUGAAGCAAAUGAUGAAGGAGCGAGCCGACUUCCAGCAAGAAUCGGUGUUGAAACAGUUGGAGGUCCUGCAGGAGGAGGAGAGGGAGCUACAACACAUUAAGGAUCCAACCAACGGCUACUACAGCGUGAACACCUUCAAAGAACAGCCGACCCCGACCAUUUCUCUCACAGCCAAUCAGAACGCUGAGGUGCGAAACCCAGCCACAGCGACCCUCGGAAAGCAUCGUGUGCCCACCGGCAUGUCCUACACCAACAUCUACAACACGCUGGGCGCCGGACCCAACCGCCUUUACGACUACAGCCAGCGAUUUGUGCUGGGCAUGGGCAGCAGCUCCAUCGAGCUCUGCGAACGCGAGUUCCAACGAGGAUCCUUGAGCGACUCCAGCUCCUUUCAGGACACGCAGUGCGACAGCAGCGUCAGCAGCUACAGCAAGCAGGACGGAUACGUGCAGUUCGACAAAGCCAGCAAAGCCUCAGUGUCGUCUUCAUCCCACUACUCACAGUCCUCGUCCCAGAACUCAGACCUGACCCGACCGCUGCAGAAGCGGAUGCAGACACACGUUUAACAAGGUGUGCUUUGAACACUAAAGGUGAGUCGCUCCCGAAUCAUUCCUCAACGCAUCACUAGCUUGGAAUAAAACAAUCUCAACGUCAUUUUUCUGUAUAUUUUGAAAACGUAAAACUUAUUUUUGGGAAGACUUCGGAAAAAACGAAGGAAAAAAUCGAAACAAUGGAUGUUACUUCAUAACAUGACAAUCAGGAGUCCGUCCAUGCAAUCAUCUGUCGUCGAUCUAAUCUGUUCCGCGCAGCCUGGGAUCUGGGCAUUCAGAGGCGGGGGAAAAAACUUGUGGGUCGUGUUCAUUUUUUUUAAUGAGGAGCCAAACUUGGGCCGAUUCACAGUCCUUCAACUGUGGCCCAAAGCACAAGGGUGUCUGUUCAAUGCCAACCGCAGUGUUUCACUGCUGAUAAAGAGAUCAAACUGAGGAUGAAUUGUCCUCCGGAGGUCGUCGCUUGAAGAUUAUCAUUGCGUGCUUUUUCUAUAGACUCUGUAAUAUAGAUUUCACUCGUGUGCACUACUAAACUGUUUUUUAAUUACAUCUCUCUCUCUCUCUCCUUCUCUCUUCUUGUGUGGUCUCUCGUCUUUACGAUAUUCAUGCUUUGUGUUUUUCUUCGAUGCAAUGCGAAUGUGUAAAAAAAAAAAAUCACACACGGCCGAACUGCAUGUGUGGAGAGUUCAGAAGUGGACAGCGCAGUGUUUACAGACCAGAAUGUAAAUCCCCGAUCCUUUAUUUUCUAAAUGUGAGCUGAUCAUUUCAACACUUAUUGUGGUUAAUAAAGCGCGUUUUCGUCUGUACACGUAUGUCCCGUGGAUUCAAACGCCGUGUUGUUAAAAGCUUCUUUUAUACCUUCAACAAUGUGCUGUUGCUGUUGUUUUUCGAUACAUCAGUGCUCAUAAACCCCACAUUCUGGUGGGAGUAUGAUUGAACUCUUUGUUUUUUUUCCUUUCUUCUGUUGUUUUGUUUAUUUUAAGGCUGCCAUAUGUUAAGCUCACUGUUUUAAGUAAGCUUUUCUUUCCCGCAGCCCGCCCCUGAAUGUCUGGCAUAAAUGUUUACAUGGCUUAAUUGAUGCAGGAAGUGCCUCCUGUCGACGGAUGAGCCUGCAGAACAUUGAAACGCAACUCGAGCUGUGCAUCAGAGCAAUUACACUGAUCAAAUAAUCAUGAUUACAAAAUAAGUGUUGAAUAAAACAGUG